UCAACACGUCAUCUCGUAUCUCCCUCCAAAUAAAUACCAUUCCACACAAAUAGUCUGAUUAGAUUCUAGGGUUAGGGUUUUACCCGACCAGGUUAGCUUUUUCAGAGUCCUCCUUUGAACGAGAGAGAGAGAGAGCGAAGGUUUGGAAGCCAUGGGGAGGUACAGAAGCCGAAGCAGGAGUUACAGCCCAAGGAGACGCAAACGCUACGACGAUCCUCGCGAAAGGUCCCGCAGAGACCGUCGAUCCCCUGCCCCUUCUGGUCUUCUUGUUCGCAACAUCUCCCUUAAUGCAAGGCCUGAAGAUCUUAGAAUUCCAUUUGAACGAUUUGGUCCAGUAAAGGAUGUGUAUCUGCCGAAGGAUUACUACAGCGGGGAGCCGAGAGGCUUUGGAUUUGUGAAGUUUCGUUAUGCUGAAGAUGCUACUGAGGCAAAGCAACGACUAGAUCGUGCAGUUAUUGGAGGACGUGAGAUAAGAAUUGUUUUCGCAGAAGAGAAUAGGAAAACUCCUCAGGAAAUGCGUAGGACGACACGCCCAAGUGGUCGAGGAAGCUACAGGAGGCGAAGUCCUUCGAGGUCCCCAAGACGCCGAUAUAGCUCUUACUCGCCCUCACCUUCUCCACUGAGACAUGACUCAAGGGACCGUAGAACAAGGGAUGCUUAUUACUCCCCACGUCGAUCUAGAUCCAUUUCCAGAUCUGUUUCUCUGCACAGUGAAAGAAACCAUGGGGCGACCAAAAGGUCUUCAAGGCGAUCUAGAUCGAUGUCCCAAUCUCUUUCUCUAAAUGGUGAUAGAAACAAGCGGUCAACCAGAUACCUAAGUCCAGGAGAAAAUGUUCAGACUGCUCAUGAUGAGGACUACGCCCGCAGCAGGUCAGAGAGUCCUAGGGGGGCUGCUCGGAGUCCCCUAAGAUCUCCUUCUCAAUCUUACAGGUAUGUACUGUUUUCAUUUUUGUAAUUUUGUAUUUUUUGUAAUUUGUCUUAGCCGGAAUUAGCUUUUUUGUUACCCAAAAGGUAUGCAUUCAUCCCAGGUUUGAUCUGCAUGUUGGAAUCUGGUAAAAAUUACUUCAUUAUAUAGGUCUUGAGAUGCUCACAUGAUUUAUAAGGCCUUUGAGACCUACUAUUGCUCAAGAUUAAGGAGGGUUCGUUUUGACAAAGUGGAGAUUAACUGGAGGGUCAUGCUCCAAUGCAAUUGUGAUACAGUUGCUUGGCCUGAAAUUUGCACUUCAUGUCCUAUUUCAGUCUUGUAUGUUAUUACCGAGUCCCAAGUCCCAAAGUUUUAAAAGUCAUUUGUAUGUUUUUGUUUGAUUUGCAACACUAAAAAUUUCAAACAUAUUUCAUUAGAAUUAUUUUUUUCCAUCUCAAGCUGUAUUUCUUUACCCUUCAAAAAAAAAAAAAAAAAAAAAAAAGAAGGGAAAAACUCAAGGUGGGAAUCCACAUUAACAGCUCCCCCCACCCUCUCUUGCACCAAAAUUCUUCUUUUGUUUUCCUAGCAUUUCGAGGCUGAAAAGUUAUAGAGGUUUCUGAUUGGUAUUAUGGAUUUGUAAUCCUUGGCAUUUGGUAGCAGCUCAAAGUCCUCUUCAAUUUUUAAUUUUUUUAGCAUGCCCUUUGUG